AGGAAGGAAAGAAUGAAAACAAGAGAUGAAAGAGGAGAAUGGAAGGUUCACCAAUCUUUAGAGAUAAAAGAAUGAUUCAUCAAAUUUUUAGAGAAAAAUCAAGUAGGAACAAGAAGGCACGUGGUGCAAGGAUUUCUCAGGGAGUCACCCAUUCUAAUACUACUCUUUGCUCAGAUAGAACCAACUAUAGAGUUCUAAUGGGAUGCAAUGCUCUAAUUUUGAUUAUCAACCAUGGUAUUGAUGCAAUGUUGACGGAGGCGAUGCUCUACGAGGCGGACAACUUCCUUGACCUCCCAUUGAUGGAGGAGUUGGCCCACACUUCUGAUGGUAUCAUGGGUCCGACAUUGUGCGGUACAUGGCAACAUACAUUAGGUGGGUUUCAUGGUCAGAACUGGUGCCAUUGCCUUUGCCAUUCUGGCUACCCACUUCACAUGAGCAGAGUCCAUCUUGGGCCCAACAAACCUUGCUCCCGUAGGAAAAGGCAAUAAAUUACACGGAGGAGGUCUGGGCGCUGUCAAUGAGAUUGACAGGAGCAAACUCCCAAGAGCCUAAGCUAGAGACAAUGGAGUAUGUGGAGAGGAUAAUUGGAGUACGUGGAGAGGAUAAUUGGAGAGGUGUCGGAAAUCUUCGCGUGCAUCGACCAUCCUCCAUGUUUCUCCGAGACAGAACAGGUGCUUGGAUCUGCAAGCUAUAGGGACCAUGGUGGAAUCACUGUAGUAGUGAUGGAGAAUGCUAUAGAAAGAGAUAAAACGGUAGUCUGUGGAAUCUGGAGAAUGCUUUAGAAAGAGAUAAUCUUUCACACAAAAAAUGAAAAGAAACGUAAGAAUUGUUGAAGAAUUGUAUUAUAAAUCAUCAUUAUCUUAUUUUUUUGUUUAUUUAGUGGAGCAAAUUGCUGGUCAACUAACACAGCCCACCCAAAAAAUAAAAGGGAGGAGGAAAACAAGAAACUAGAUGCAGACAAGAAGAAACCUAUGUGCACUAAACUAUGUUUGAGGUGUGAAUUCGCUCAUAAUCAAGUGGAAUGGAAUUUGCGUGGUUUGGUUCG